UGUUUCUUCCUUGCAAUAUACCCUGAUCAGGACAGGACGGAGCAUUGGGCUCGAUCUCGCAACCGGAUUUCAAGAAUGCCGCGUUGCAGCGCAUAGACACCGACAGUCUGAACCAGCCACAAGUUCGGCUCGUUAGAUCGGGAGACUUCGCCACAAGGACUAGAUAUUGACCAUGGACGAUAUUGCAGCAAUGUCCGGCCUCGAACGGCGGCAUAUUCAAGACCACAAUGCGGCCAAUGUGAAGUACUGGGCUUAUCCGGCUCGCGUCCUGCCAUGCACCAAGGACCAAGGAACCUGCGAGUAUCUGGAAGCCGUGUAUAGCGGGCAUGUAACGUCAAUGCUGUACACGUUCAUCAUGUGGGGAGUGAUCUUGGGUGUGUUGGCGUCUUGGGCAACGUUGAGGGUCUGGAGGACGGGCAAGCCAUCGCAUGGGAUUGGGUCGUUGGUGAGCAGUGCUUGCGAUCGGGCGGCGAGACUGAAGAGGCAUUUCCUUCCGGAUGCGCCAAUGAGGUCGAUCUUUGGAAGGGUGUCGAGAUUGCAGGUUGCCGUACUCGCUGUGGUGUCAGGCUAUUUGUUGAUCUUCUCCCUCGUGGGGAUCGUCUACAAGACAUGGGUCACUCCGAUUGCCAAGACAGACCUGUUCAACACCCGUACCGGAAUUGGACCAUGGUCUGACAGAAUCGGUGCAUUGGCCUACGCUCUCACACCGUUCACUAUCAUGCUCUGUAUGCGAGAGAGCGUCCUCUCAAUCGUCACCGGUAUCCCAUACCAACACUUCAACUUCCUCCACAGAUGGCUCGGCCGUAUCAUCUUCGUGCAGUCCUUUCUGCACACUCUUGGCUGGACUCUGGUCGAAGCAAGAUUCUACCAACCGCAACCCAAAGUCUACGUGGCUUUCAUCACUCAGCAAUACGCCAUGUUCGGCGUUGUGGCCAUGUUCUUCAUUACCUGGCUUACAUUGUUCAGCACACAGUGGGCAAUUCGUAAAUUUGGAUACGAAUUUUUUAAGGCCUCACACUGGAUCAUUGCAGUGCUCUACAUCGCGGCUUGUUGGGGCCAUUGGGACAAACUUUGGUGCUGGAUGGUACCCAGUCUGGCUCUUAUUGCGAUCGACCAGGCCGUCCGAUUCGGUCGGACGCUCUAUAUUCAUAUGGGUGGAAAGCGAGGAACUGGCACUGGCUUUCAAUGUGCUCAAGCUGAGAUGACCGUGCUCACGGACGACAACGGCACAGUGAUUCGUCUCGACUUCGACCACGAACAUGCCGCAUGGGAGGCUGGGCAGCACUUCUUCCUGACUUUCCCGAGCCUCAGCAUAUGGCAGGCCCAUCCUUUCACCGUCUCCUCCGUUCCAGAACCAAACAGCCGAAUCCAACAUCACACCUAUCUGCUUCGUGUACGUGACGGACAGACGAAGAAGCUGGCCGCAAUGGGCAACACAACCGUUCCAACGAUCUUGUCAGGACCAUAUGGCCACGGCUUUCCACGUUACGAAUGCCAGCACAUGCUGGCAAUAUCAGGCGGCACCGGAGUAACAUUCACAAUGCCCAUUAUCCUUGAAGCGGUCAAACAAAGCGUAUCCAAGCGGGCAGUACUGGACUUUGUAUGGAUCGUGCGAAAAGCAGAGGACCUGCUCUGGCUGAGCGACGAGUUGUCUCAGUUGAAGAACUUACUGAAAGAAGCGAUCGGAUUGAGAAUCAGCAUCUACGUCAGUCGAGACAGCGAGCGAGACGCCCACAAGUCGGAGAAGCGAUUGAACGUCGAGAAGACGGACAGCAGCGACUCGUCGCUUUCCACAAGCUCGGACGUCGUCUUACAAGAGCUUCUCGCUAUCAGGGACUCCCGCUUCGCAGUCCAUUUCCUCAAAGAUCACCACCCCUCAGUCGCAGAGAUUCUCGCCGACUUCCAGGAGCGCGUGAUCGACCAUGGUGGCUCAGCGGAGAUUAUUGGUAGUGGACCUGAGGCAUUGGGCAGUGAUCUGAGAGCGGCGGUGGCAGCGUCGGACAUUGGAGAAGAGGGACCUUGGAGCCUGCAGCGCGUGAUCGUCAGCAAUUGA